CAGUUGGAGAACAGAGGCUCAGGAGGACGCGGCCCCUUGGUCAUCAGGCUUGCAGAGCUCAGCUUGGUUUCUGCUGCAGGGCUGUGCGCUCUCCUGAUCCGGCCUUCUGAGAGGUCUGCCAAGGAGACCCGCUCCGCAUUUCCUUAGGGCUUACAGGCCUCCAGUGUACUGGCAGUUCUCUAUCUAUCCCAGGAUGAUUCAGUCUCUGUAAUCAUAGAAGCGCCUUUUUGGUGAAAGUCCGAGAUGGAGGGAGAAGAAAUGGAGAAUAGGAGGAAAAGGAGAGUGCAAGUACAAAGGAAAAUGAUAAUCCUCUCUGUCUUGUUAUGUGGAGGCCUUGCGGUUCUUCUUUGGAUGAUGUUAAAAUUUCCUAAAAAAAUGGGAAUUAAAAUAAUCAAGAAGAAUUGCACAAAUGAUUUGAGGGUAUGUCCACCUGGCUGGGAGCUACUCAGUCAGAAGUGCUUCUUUCAAUCUGAAAAUGAAGGUACUUGGUCCGAGGGACAGAGACACUGCAGAAAAUAUUUGGGAUCUCUGGCCAAGAUCGUCUCACAGGCUGAAAUGAAGUCUGUGGCCAAGCAUCUGGAUAAAUCUACAUAUUGGAUUGGACUGAGAAAACACCUUUCUGAUAACAUCUGGAGGUGGAUGGAUGGAAGUCACUUUAACAACUGGUUCAGGGUAAGUGGCUCUGGCAACUGUGCCUUCGUAGAUACCACCGGUGGAAGCGUUACCAGCUGUGAUGGAAAAAGAAGAUAUUUGUGCAGCAGAAAAAGUGAAUGUGGUUAGAAUUGUUCCAUACUGAAAAUAGAGAAAAACUUUCAUAUUUAGUGUAUUUUAAACUCAUUUGGAUAUAUACUUUUCUUCUCAACAUGUCUUAAGUGAGUUGAUGAAAAUUUAAAUAAAUUCAACUUAAAUUUAACUAAUUGAUAA